AUGCAGGCCAAGGAUGGAGACCAAGUGGAUAACGUCUCGCUGAUCUUUGCCAUUGACAGCAAGCCCGGUGCGCUGCAGGACGCCCUGUCCGUCUUCAAGGACACCGGCAUUGAUCUCGAACACAUUGAAUCUCGUCCCUCCAAGACCAACCCCAAGCAAUACGAAUUUUACGUCCAAACCAAGGAAUCAACCAACAAGAUUCGUCAGGUCGCCGACGCGCUCAUCGGCAAAGGUGCCAUCUCCGCCCAUAUCCUCGACACCAAUCCCGACACCGACAAUGCCUCCUGGUUCCCUCGCAAGAUCCGCGAGCUUGACCUUUUUGCGGACCGUGUACUGGAUGCGGGUCGCGAUUUGCAGUCGGACCACCCUGGCUUUACCGAUGCCAACUAUCGCAAGCGUCGCGCCUAUUUUGCCGACAUUGCCAUCAACUACCGCCACGGCGAGCCCAUUCCCCGCAUCGAUUACACCGAAGACGAGAUCAAGACUUGGGGCAAGAUUUUUGGCCAAUUGACCAAGCUGUACCCGACGCACGCGUGCGCCGAGUUUAACCAGGUGUUUCCCCUCCUCAUUGAAAACUGCAACUAUCGCGAGGAUACCGUCCCCCAGCUUGAGGAUAUCUCGCGCUUUCUGCACGAUUCCACCGGCUUUCGUCUGCGCCCUGUUGCUGGCCUGCUCUCGUCGCGUGACUUUUUGGCUGGCCUCGCCUUCCGCGUGUUCCACUCCACUCAGUACAUUCGCCACUCGAGCAUGCCUCUCUACACCCCCGAGCCCGACCUUUGCCACGAGAUUCUGGGCCACGUGCCCCUGUUUGCCAACAAAAGCUUUGCCGAGUUCUCGCAAGAAAUUGGCCUCGCCUCUCUAGGUGCCUCUGACGAGGAUAUCUUGCGCCUUGCCACUGUCUUUUGGUUCACCGUCGAAUUCGGUCUCUGCCGCCAAAACGGCGAGCUCAAGGCAUAUGGCGCCGGUCUGCUUUCCUCUUUUGGCGAGCUGGAGUACUGCCUCACAGACAAGCCCGAGGUCCGGCCCUUUGAUCCGGAGACCACGUGCGUGCAGGAGUAUCCCGUGACCGAGUAUCAGCCCGUCUAUUUCGUGGCCGAUUCCUUCACUAGCGCCAAGCAGAAGGUGCGUGAGUUUGCCCGCAAGAUGAAGAAGCCCUUCACCGCGCGCUACAACCCCUACACCGAGUGCAUUGAGCUGUUGGACAACAACACACAGCUCAAGGAGCUCGCCAUUAGCAUCCAAUCAGACAUGGCCAGCCUCGUAUCCGCUCUUGACAAGCGCACAUAA